AGAUGCUUGAGAUGGACACAAGUCCCCCAUUCUGGAAGGAAAUGACUUUCCAGUCAAACUAAGUCUGCCAGACACAGACAGCCCCUCACCAUGGUUCUGGAAGGAACCUGGACAAGUUUGUUCACGUGGAUUUUCUGCGCUUUGAUUCCAUGCUUGCUCAUGGACCCCGGGGCCCGUGUGCCCGCCCCUCAGAACCUCUCUGUCCACUCGGCCAACAUGAACCAUCGCUUGACCUGGAGCCCGGUGACCGUGUCUGGAGACGCCGCCGUCCGCUACUGGGUGGAGUACCAGGGGGAGUACGAGAGCCUCUACAUGAGCCACAUCUGGAUUCCCAGCCGCUGGUGCUCCCCCACCCCAGGCCCCGAGUGUGAUGUCACGGAUGACAUCACGGCCACGGUACCGUACGGUCUCCGCGUCAGGGCCACCGCGGGCCCAGAGACGUCAGCUUGGAGCGCCCUGAAGCAACCGUUCAACCGGAACUCAACCCGUCUCACCCCCCCCAGGAUGGCCGUCACGAAGGACGGCUCCCACCUGGUGCUGGAACUGGAAGACCUGGGUCCUCAGUGCGAGUUCUUCGUGGUCUAUUGGAGGAACGAGCCGGGGGCCAAGGAACACGCCAAAGUGGUGCGUGGCGCGGGCCUCCCGGUGCACCUGGGGGCCAUGGAGCCGGGCGCGGCCUACUGCGUGAAAGCCCGCACGCGGGUCACGGUGAUCUCGAGGCACAGUGCCUUCGGCCAGGCCCAGUGCGUGGAGGCGCAGGGAGAGCCUCUGCCCCUGGCCCUGGCCCUGUUCGCCUUCCUUGCCUUCGUGCUGUUCCUCGUGGCCCUGCCGUUCUCCGUCUGGAAGAUGGGGCAGCUGCUCCGCUACUCCUGCUGCCCGAUGGCGUCCCUCCCCGACACUCUGAAAAUCACCAACCCAUCCCGGAAGCUGGUGGCCUGCCGGAGGGAGGAGGAGGUGGACGCCUGCGUGCUGGCCGUGCUGUCCCCCGAGGAGGUCUUCGGAGCCUGGAUCUAG